UUUCAGCCACGAUGGUUUAUUUCUGAGAGCAUUUUUGUGGUUUGGAAACACGAUAAUUAAACAACUGGGGCUGGAAUAGAUGUUCGCGCCUCUCUCGCGCAUCAUCAUCCUCAUCAUCACCACCACAGCUCCCGCGCUCGUCUCGUGCUGUUGAUUCCGCCCGCGCGCGAGCGCGCAACAUCGUUCCCUCACGUUCUCCCUCACUGCUGGUUCUGGUACCGUUAGCGAGUCGGUUCGACCCAGAGGGCUCGAAGAUGGCGGACCUCGAAGCGGUUCUCGCCGAUGUCAGUUACCUGAUGGCGAUGGAGAAGAGCAAAUCUACUCCAGCGGCCCGGGCGAGCAAGAAAAUCAUCCUUCCCGAACCCAGUAUUCGGAGUGUCAUGCAGAAGUACCUGGAGGAAAGGGAUGAACUGACUUUUGACAAAAUCUUCAACCAGAAGAUUGGUUUCCUCUUGUUCAAGGAUUUCUGCAUGAACGAGAUCGACGAGGCCGUUCCACAGCUGAAGUUUUAUGAGGAGAUUAAAGAGUACGAGAAGUUGGAUUCAGAAGAGGAGAGGCUAACGAGCAGUCGGCAGAUUUACGACGUCUACAUAAUGAAGGAGCUUCUGUCGUGUUCACAUCCCUUCUCUAAGAAGGCAGUAGACCAUGUCCAGACUCACCUAGCAAAGAAACAAGUUCCUCCAAAUCUCUUUCAGCCAUACAUAGUUGAAAUCUGUGACAGUCUUCGAGGAAAGAUCUUUCAGAAGUUCAUUGAAAGCGACAAGUUCACGCGUUUCUGCCAGUGGAAGAAUGUAGAGCUCAACAUCCAUUUGACCAUGAAUGACUUCAGCGUGCAUCGGAUCAUCGGUAGAGGGGGUUUUGGAGAGGUGUACGGAUGCAGAAAGGCGGACACAGGGAAAAUGUAUGCCAUGAAGUGUUUGGAUAAAAAGCGGAUCAAAAUGAAGCAGGGCGAAACGCUGGCGCUCAAUGAGAGAAUCAUGCUGUCGUUGGUCAGCACCGGGGAUUGCCCUUUCAUAGUGUGUAUGACAUAUGCCUUCCACACCCCUGAUAAACUGUGUUUCAUCCUGGACUUGAUGAAUGGCGGCGACCUUCACUAUCACCUAUCUCAGCACGGGGUCUUCAGCGAGAAGGAUAUGCGUUUUUAUGCAGCUGAGAUCAUACUGGGCCUCGAACACAUGCACAAUCGUUUCGUCGUCUACAGAGACCUCAAACCUGCGAAUAUCCUCUUAGAUGAACACGGACACGUUCGCAUCUCUGACCUGGGCCUGGCCUGCGAUUUCUCCAAGAAGAAACCACACGCCAGCGUAGGUACCCAUGGCUACAUGGCACCUGAGGUUCUGCAGAAAGGAACAGCGUACGACAGCAGCGCCGACUGGUUCUCUCUGGGCUGCAUGCUGUUCAAACUCUUGCGAGGGCACAGUCCAUUCAGGCAGCACAAGACCAAAGACAAACAUGAAAUUGACCGCAUGACCCUUACCAUGAAUGUGGAGUUGCCUGACUCCUUCUCACCUGAGCUUAAGUCCCUCUUGGAAGGACUCUUACAGCGAGAUGUUGCCAAAAGAUUGGGGUGUCUGGGGCGGGGGGCGUCAGAGGUAAAGGAGCAUGUGUUCUUCAAGGGAAUCGAUUGGCAGCAGGUCUAUCUCCAGAAGUACCCCCCACCCCUCAUUCCCCCCAGAGGAGAGGUCAACGCUGCAGACGCCUUUGACAUCGGCUCCUUCGACGAGGAGGACACCAAGGGAAUUAAGCUGCUUGACAGUGAUCAGGAGCUCUAUAAGAACUUUCCUCUGGUGAUCUCUGAGCGCUGGCAGCAGGAGGUGGCCGAGACUGUGUAUGACGCUGUCAACUGCGACACAGAUAAGAACGAGGCGCGCAAGCGGGCCAAAAACAAGCAGCAGGGCCAUGAAGAAGACUACGCGCUGGGGAAGGACUGUAUUAUGCACGGCUACAUGCUGAAGCUAGGAAACCCCUUCCUGACACAGUGGCAGCGGCGGUAUUUCUACCUAUUUCCCAACCGCGUUGAGUGGAGAGGCGAAGGAGAGUCUCGGCAAAACCUGCUGACCAUGGAGCAGAUCGUGACUGUGGAGGAGACUCAGAUCAAGGACAAAAAGUGCAUCCUGCUGAGGAUCAAAGGAGGGAAACAGUUUGUCCUGCAGUGCGAGAGUGACCCAGAGUUCGUACAGUGGAAGAAAGAACUCACCGAAGCAUUCACAGAGGCCCAGAAGCUGCUGCGUCGUGCCCCCAAAGUCAUCGGCAAGGGGCGAACUAACGUGGUGGAACUGUCCAAACCUCCGCUCACUCACCGCAACAGCAACGGCCUGUGAGCCGCCCACCUCCCGCCACCCUUGUCCACUGCUCCUCUCUAUCCUUUUCAUCAACACACACAUGCACACGCUCUCACACCCUCUCCCAGCUAAACGCUUGUCCAGCACCAUCAGGCUUCCCAACCGGCACAGUGAGCCGCCACAUGGUCCAUCUUGAAAGGUUCUGCUGGACUGCUGUUCCACAACUGUCCGUCAAUCAAAUGCACACACACACACACACACACACAGUUCCUUGGGGUUGGCGUCACUCCAGGAUAAUGCUCAAGAACAAUCACUGAUGUCAAUGCUGCAUCUGGGACCUUGUUUUGACCAGUGGUGCAGGCUGGGAUACUGUGCCUCUGUUGUGAGCACGCCACUCUUGUUUCUUCUGUGAACCCCACAUUCUUCAUGCACACGCUGGCAUGCUCGUAUACAGGCAAAGAUUAAGGCCUCUGCUGUAAGGGUCCCAAAAACCCACCCAAUGUUCACUUGGAGCUUCUUUCCCAAGUGGCAGUGUGCUAGAGCCGGACAGUAUCAGUACUUCUGCUGUGGGAGCCGGUGGAUCCUUUUCGCCAAGGGAAACUAGAGCCAUUCGGUCUGAGAGAGCUAAUCAGAUAUAAACAAUCUCAAUAGACGAUGGCUUGAACAAUAUUACUCCCAUUGUCUUUUCAUGUCCAAACGCCAAGGCCACCUCACUGACUGUGCAGUUCUUGAAGCGUAUGCUUUGCACCACUUUCUGUCAACAUUGUGGGUGCGUGGCAUGCAUGCAGUUUCAUACUUGAUGGACUCUGAUUUGUGGACUGUUGUGGCACCCGACCCCUGUCCUGUACUUGUAAAGUACAAAAGUCUUCUACACUUCUGUAAUACUCGCCGUCGGAUUGAACAAGUGUAACAGCAUGAGUUGCGAGUGUUGUGCACAUCCAAGUUGUGCUCUUAGAGGACAACAUACAGUGUAUAAAUUAGGGAGCUUUUUUUUUGGUGCUCGGCCCUUGUAAACACCAAAUUCAGUUGGGUUGCUGCGUGCCCGUUCACGUGCAUUAAAUGCGUGUACUUGUGUGUGUACACGAUGCAAAAUGUAGGUGUUGUUGCUUUAAAGGAUAUGCCCAUGUUGUCACCUGGAAGAAUUGUUUUCUUUCACCUUGAAUGUAUUUUUUGUUUCUCUUUUCGUCUUUUUUGUUUGUUUGUUUUUCCGAUGGUGGAGUGAUUUACGCUGCUUGACACAAUGGGAAGGAAUGUGGCGGGAUGUUUACGAGGACACGCCCCCUUCUUGAACCCAACCCCUCCCCCUUGAACUCACAGAAGUGCAAAAAGUGCCAAUGAAAUAAAUGUUGACUAGAGACACCUGAGAAUUCCUCGAGUCCAGGCCGCGUCACCUCGAUCUCCCUGUAAACGGCUCCGAGAAUAGUGUUGGAACCUGAACGCACAGGAAUAAACUGAACUGCAGACCUCCAGUCGCUUGAACAGCUUCGGCGUACAUAGACGCCAGUGGACGGUUGACGAUGCAUGAUGUCUCGGUUAGAGGGACCACUUAGGAAGAAAGCAGCAGCAGCAUCCCUGGAGUCUUUUAUCUGACUGUAUAUACGAAUCCUUUCUCUGUGCAUCUACAGUAUAAUCUUCUUGACAAUGUUUGCAUAUAUGGCGAAUCUCUGUCUCUGCCUGUCUGUGUUUGUCCCUAUGUCUCAGCUUGGGGGUGGGCGGGUUCACAUCUGUCAAUCUGCGACACGCGCAAAGCUGAGGCUGAGAGAACUGCGUUCGCGCCUCUUUUAGGACCAUCGGUGUAAAAGAGCGGAGAGUUGGAUGACUUAUCUCAUAAUGAGGUGCGAAGAGGUCUUCUGUCUGUCUGUGUGUUUAGUUAUGCCGGCGCUUCUGAGGGUGAGACAUGCAAAGCGGCAUCACCAUUAUCCAUUUACGGGCAGACACACUGUUAUUCUGAACGAAGGUAGUACGCUCGCACUCACAGGUGUUCGGAAAGGUGGGCUGCUUGGAUCGUGGAAGGAGAGACAACUUAAAACCAUUUGUUGUGAGGCUUGAUUUGAAUAUAGUUUAAGUUUUUAUAUUGUUUUGAAUGUGACGCAAAUGCAGAUUUCUAUAGAUGACAUAUUUUUUUGAGCAUGUUAUGUGCAUUUAUUUUUGGUCUAUUUUUCUUCUCUUUUUUUUUUUGGUUUGAAUGGAAAAACAAGCACAGCUUAACAGGCAUGAGAUGAUUUUAAAGAAGUGUUUUCUUCAUGUAUAUUCAGGUUCUUUUUUUUCCAUGCAGUAAUUUUCUUUUUCUGUGACUCCUGUCUGUGCAUUUCGAGUGAUUUGCAUGUGACGCUCUGCAAAAAUUGCAGGGUUUUGGGGAGUCGACCAGUUUUUGUAGCCUUUAAGUGUCUGGGAGGUGCCAUCCUGAGGAUGUUUUAGUGCCCUUCAAGGGUUAUAUUUGCAAACCAAAAUGGCUUGUUUUGAAAUAUUAUCUCUGCACUUUUCCAUCACGCUUCACGAGCUGAUGAAAAAAUAAAUGUGCCAAACGACUGUAGAAGAAUGUCCUUGAACCAAUGAAAAGCUCAUGCGUCGCUCGCUGUUUAUUUUCGAAACUAAAAUUGGUACGUUUUAACAGGCAAGUGUCGACGAGUUUGAGAAAGGGUACAAAAAUGUGACCAAAUUCAGGUGACGUGGAACCAGUGUGCCGCGGGGCGAACGAUCCUACGUCAUUGACGAUACGCCUCAAAGCUACUGACCGGCGGCGGCCGGUACCGUGUUUUGAAACUGCUAGCCCGUUUCUCAAGAAGGGUGGCACCUCCGCCAGUCCUAAAUAUCCAUGUUUUAUUCAGGGGUUUUAUAUUUUAUUUUAACGGUAGCUUUUCAUUCACUUCGUCAGUGUUUGCUUAAUUCAAGUGCUUGUGUGUCUGUUCCGUAGCGGUGAAUUUGUCUGUGGGCGAACGCAGGUUUUGAAAUGGAAGAGGGCGAUAAAUAGGAAUAAAAAAAGAAAAACAAACUAACAAAAAUCUAAGUAUAUAUGUGUAUAUGAAAUGAAAACAAAUGAGCUUAGGUUUAUUUAAAAGAUUUUACGACGUAGACACAAAAAUUGACUCGGGAAGGGAUCGGGUUUGAUGUGAGUUCAACUAUUUGUGGUGAAGAAUCAGCUCAGAUCUUGCACAUAAAAGUUUAGAUAUUGUACCUACAAGUUACAGAUUAUUAUUUUUGUUUGUUUAAUACAGGACUCUCUUGCUCUCUCUUUCAUAUUUAUUGUCUGGUCGGGGAGCUAGUCCCUCUGUGCGUGGGUUUACCUAGGGCACGGAGCUGUCGAGUAUCCGGGUUUACAGUCAACCGAAACUCUUUUUCAUGUGCCACAAACAAACGCAAAUACUACUGUCUGGGGUUAUUACCAUUUAAGGUUAUGAUGAUGAUGAUGAUAAUGAUGAUGAUGAUUAUAAUAAUUAUUGAUAAUAUUAUUCAAUGAAUGAUAAUUGUUAUUAAAAAAAAUUCUUUUGUUUUUUGUUUUGUUUUUCAGAACAGCUAGGAACAUGUGUGUUGGACUGCUUAUAAAAACAGUUCAGAAAUAAAAGCCCCUUUUUCGUGUU